CACUUCCGCAAAUAAGCGUCAGAGCAGCUGAGUGUGGCAACUUCAGCAGAAAGUGGAAACACACACAGAGAGACAGACAGCCCGCCACCUACUGACCGAGUGGCAUGAAACCGUCAGCCAGAACCGUUAACGACACCAGAAACAGACCUAAUUGACAGCGAGUGCAGCACUGGCAACUUUGCCUACCCCCACCCUCCCCCCGCCACCCUCCCCUGCCCUGCCUUUGGUUUGAGGUUCAUCCCUUCAACCCGCCGCCCCCACCACAGACCCACAGUGAGUGCAUCAUGGUGGAUGUAACCAAAUGGCCCCUUUUCAGCCUGAUGGGGCCCCAGGAGCUCUCCACAAUACGGAAAGCAUGCGUGUUUGGACCGUCUGCUAAUGAGGCCAUCUACAUCACCAAUGACGAUGAGGUGUAUGUGUUUGGGUUGAACUGCAGUAACUGCCUGGGAACAGGGGACAGCCAGAGCACCAUUAUACCCAAGAAGCUGGACUUCCUGAGUGGGAGGAAGGUGGUCAGCCUGAGCUACGGCAGUGGACCCCACAUCCUGCUGGCCACAGAGGAUGGAGCGCUAUUUGCCUGGGGCCAUAAUGGUUACAGCCAACUUGGAAAUGGGACAACCAACCAAGGAGUAGCUCCAGUGCUCAUGUCUGCCAACCUGCUCAAUAAGAAGGUCACAGAGGUGGCCUGUGGCUCUCACCACUCAAUGGCUCUGACUGACUCAGGAGAAGUGUAUGCAUGGGGCUACAACAACUGUGGUCAGGUGGGUUCAGGCUCCACAUCGAACCAGCCUACACCCCGCAGAGUGUCCAGCUGCCUGCAGAACAAAGUGGCUGUUAGUAUCGUCUGUGGUCAGACCUCAUCUCUGGCUGUAGUGGACAAUGGAGAGGUGUACGGUUGGGGCUACAAUGGGAAUGGACAACUUGGACUUGGAAAUAAUGGGAACCAGCUCACUCCUUGUCGCCUUGUAGCUUUGCAGGGUUUAUGUGUGCAACAGAUUGUCUCAGGCUAUGCCCACUCCCUGGCACUAACAGACGAAGGGUUGCUUUACGCUUGGGGUGCCAACACGUAUGGACAACUGGGCACCGGCAACAAGAGCAACCAACUGAGCCCAGUUCAGAUCAUGACUGAGAAAGAGAGAAUUGUGGAGAUUGCUGCCUGUCACUCCACACAUACAUCGGCUGCUAAGACUCAGAGUGGUCAGGUGUACAUGUGGGGUCAGUGCAGGGGCCAGUCUAUAGUACUGCCUCACCUCACGCACUUUACCUGCACCGACGAUGUCUUCGCAUGCUUCGCCACUCCGUCAGUUAUGUGGAGGCUUCUUUCCAUGGAGCAUGAUGACUUCUUAACCGUGGCUCAGUCUCUGAAGAAAGAGUUUGACAACCCAGAGACAGCUGACCUAAAGUUCUGCAUUGACGGCAAAUACAUCUAUGUCCACAAAGCAGUUCUCAAAAUCAGGUGUGAACACUUCAGAUCCAUGUUCCAGUCCCACUGGAAUGAAGACAUGAAGGAGGUGAUUGAAAUAGACCAGUUCUCCUACCCAGUGUACCGCUCCUUCCUAGAGUUCCUUUACACAGACAAUGUGGAGUUGCCUCCUGAGGAUGCUAUUGGGCUGCUGGACCUGGCCACAUCGUAUUGUGAGAACCGCCUGAAACGUCUGUGUCAACAUAUUAUAAAGAGGGGAAUCAGCAUUGAAAACGCCUUCUCCCUGCUGGCUGCUGCUGUACGCUAUGAUGCAGAGGACCUAGAAGAGUUCUGCUUUAAGUUCUGUGUGAAUCACCUGACCGAGGUGACCCAGACCGCUGCUUUCUGGCAGAUUGACGGCAACCUGCUUAAAGAUUUCAUAUGUCGAGCCAGCCGCUGUGGAGCCUUCAAAAACUGACCUCAGCCCAAAAUGAUUAUAGACACACAUGCAGAGGAUGCUGUGGUGACUCCGGGAGUGACUUCUCAAAAGGACUUCUUCACUCCCAGUCUCCUCCACGUGCCUUCAUUGACCGGUGGUUACACAUUGGAAAUCUUGAGAUUAUCACCAUCGCUGGCAAAUGUAAUUGUCGCUGUAAUUCAUCUCAUUCCAGACUAAAACCAGUGUGUCCAUUACGUGAGCUGUACAUCCUGAAUUUACAAGGCUGAGCUGACAGGCAGCAGCAUCAUUACACAGCAGUUGUUUGCCAUGGUGCCUGACUGCCUAUUCAUUUACACAUAUUGUGUAAAAGCAGGAGCUGAAAUGCAUUGAGAGGCAUACUAUCGCUUGAUCAAGUUGUUUCCAUUUAACUUGAAAGAUUCUUGCCAGUCGCCUGAUAUCACAUUACUUUUUCUAUUAUUCUGUUUAACUGACCAAGUUACUUCUUCAGUGUUUGCACUUGUUUGAAACAUUUUAAAUAUGAUUUUGUUCCUCUUUACUAGAAGACUGCAUCAUAGUUUGGAUGUGCUAUCUGGAAUCAUGGUUUUCAGGUUGAAGUAUGAGGCUGUUUGCACUUGUAGAUGUCAGCAUAGAACAAGUAUUUUGAAGACUGGAUACUGACAUAGCAAGAAUACAGAUUCAAGCCUUUAUUAAGUCUGUUUAGGUCGAACUCCAGUCAGCGAUUAUUAGUCCUAGAGGCAUCCACCGGCACAACGCUGAGGUGUGAUCUUCUGUCUAGGUUGUAAGGCGACCCAAAAAGGGGAACUCAGGUCACAAGUGAGAUUCAGUCUUAAACUGUUACGUUUGUGAAAAUGAUCCUUUGUGCGCUACACUUGUGGAUUCCAUAAGUUGGAAAAUAUUUUGUGCAGCUACAAUUCCAUAACAUUGAGAAAAAAAAAAAAGAGCUUCUUUAGUUUGUGUAUUUUUAUUGCACAAAACAAUUUGGCUGGUGUGAACUGGCAGUUAAACUUGCCUGGUUGCCAGCUGAAACAAAAGAAUGGAGCCAUUAAAAAUCAGUUUACAGUAAGGCAUGCGGCCUUACAGAAGCUUAAGUCCUUAAAUUUUUAAGGACAAUUUUUCAUCCACUUGACAUAUCUACUGAAAACAAUAUUUUACAGUAUUAACAUUUAUAAAAAGUUGUUUAGUGACAUAUGCACUACUGCUGUGAGUAUUUUGAAGAGCAUAUUUGCUCAUUUCUAUGCAGGACAUUUCUACUUCAAUAAUUACAGCUAUUGAUUGAUACUAAGUAUUAUGAAGUGCCAGUUACAUUUUGUGACCACUGCAAACAAAUUAAUAUUAAAAAAAAAAAAAAAGGA